AUGCAAAAAUCUUUGUUCGUCAAAGGACACGAGUCAAAUCUCACCGCAGAACUUGGUGUGAACUGCAUAGAGUUAAUGCCAUGCCAUGAGUUCAAUAAGCUGGAGUACUUCAGCUACAAUCCUGUCUUGGGUGACUACAAGUUAAAUUAUUGGGGGUAUUCAACUAUCAAUUACUUCUCACCUAUGUUGAGAUAUGCAUCUGUUGGUGGUCGUAAUAGUGGCCUUGAAGCAAUAAAUGAGUUCAAACAACUUAUUAAAGAGGCACAUAAAUGUGGAAUCGAGGUGCUCAUGGAUGUGGUUUUCAAUCACACUGUUGAAGGGAAUGAAAAUGGUCCCAUUUUGUCUUUUCGGGGUGUUGAUAACAGUGUUUUUUAUAUGCUUGCACCUAAGGGAGAGUUCUACAACUAUUCAGGAUGUGGAAACACCUUCAACUGCAACCAUCUUAUUGUGCGCCAAUUCAUAGUAGAUUCCUUGAGAUAUUGGGUAACAGAGAUGCAUGUAGAUGGAUUUCGGUUUGAUCUUGCCUCUAUCAUGACAAGAGGCAGCAGCAAUUAUCCUUUCCAGCUUAUAGCUGAAGCAUGGGACUGUGGAGGCCUUUACCAAGUCGGUGUGUUUCCUCACUGGGGUAUUUGGUCAGAAUGGAAUGGAAAGUAUCGGGAUACAGUAAGGCAGUUCAUUAAGGGUACAGAUGGAUUUUCUGGUGCUUUUGAUGAAUGCCUUUGUGGGAGCCCAAAUCUAUACCAGGAAGGUGGUAGAAAACCAUGGAACAGUAUAAACUUCAUAUGUGCACAUGAUGGCUUUACACUAGCGGACUUAGUUAUGUACAAUGACAAACAUAAACUUGCAAAUGGUGAAGACAACAAAGAUGGAGAAAGUCACAAUAACAGCUGGAAUUGCGGGCAAGAGGGGGAUUUUGUAAGCAUAUCAGUGAAGAGUUUGAGGAAACGAAAAAUGAGAAACUUCUUCCUUUCUCUAAUGGUUUCACAACUGAAAGGCUACAGUGGCAUGGACAUGCCCCUGAAACACCAGAUUGGUCUGAAACAAGUAAAUUUGUGGCUUUCACCAUGGCCCGACCCUAUGCUUGUUCUGGAAUUCUCAAUGCAUGUUUUUGAAAGCUGUCCAAGUCAAACCAUUGACCUGUUUUUGACCCGAAACAUCCCUGCAGAUUUGGUCAAUUCUUAUUUAAAACAACAUGCUCCCAAAAUGCAGGCUAUGUAUUUGGAAUUGAUGCUUUCAAUGAAUGAAAAUGGGAUCUAUGGGAAUCUUCAAAAUGAAAUGGGUGUUCUAGAAGCAAUUUGUAUAAGUUGUGCAGGGUACCCUACCAACAAGGCUUUUGCUGAUUUUGUUAAGCAAUUUGGUCUUCUAGUUCCAGAAGUUUUAAGAACAAAUUCAAUCGUCGCCAUCGAUCCAAGUCGACCUCGAUCUAGAUCAAGGUCACCGUGGGUUGUUAGUUUUAUAGGAAUGUAUAACCCAUGUUGGCAAUGUAUUGUUUUUGUUUAA